AUGUGGCUCACCGCUGCCCGUCGGUGCGUACGGAGCUACCCUAGCGACGCCGCGGCGCAGCUCACGCACAUCAGCUGGGCAGCACGAAAGCAGCCCCGCGCGGCAGCCUCUAUCGUUCCCGCUGGCACUGCUCGCUGUUACGCCACGGGACCGACAGAGCCGGAGAAUCUUGCCGGCGUGUCGCUGGCUUCUGCCGCCAACCUGAAUGCUGGUAGCAGUCACGUCUCGUCGAAGACUAAAAGCAGUCGUUUUGUGCGCACCUAUGGCAAUGCGGCUCCUCCUGCAACGUCUGGCGCCGAUCCUGAGAGCGGCGCCAUUCCGCAAGGUGAGGCCGACGCGAGAUGGCCCGCUCUUCACGUGAACUUGUCAGCUCCACCAGGCUUGACCUCUGCUGCCGCCGUAGCAGCAUACCUGCAGCGUCUCCAGAGCCUUUUGCGCCACAGGCGCCAUCCUUUCCUUCGCGCCUGUGCGGUGCGCGAGCUGGGGAAGAUUUUAUUGCCUUCAGUGAAGGGCAUAGACGGCGCUACUGUGCUUCUACUGCUGCAAACGCUGCGUAUGGCGGAUGCAGACGACGCCAUGCCUCUUGUCCAAGACGCAGCCACGUGGAUGGGUUUGCACGGCUUCCACUUGACUCCACCGCAGAUGACAACCGCGAUUGAGCUGUUGCUUUAUUUCGACCGCUCCGUGGCGUGUGAACUCGCCGUCGCGCUGGUCCAGCGCACAUCCCUGAGCACCCUUUUCUCUUUUUCCACCGCACGCGUUGUCCCGAUUCUGACGGCAAUGUUGCCAACUCUCACGUACGGCCGAAACAGCAACCGUGCACUCCAGUCACUCGCGCAACUGGAGGAGGUACGAGAAAAUAAAGUAAGCGCCGCUGAAGGGCUGCGCGACGCAUGCCUGAGCGACGAGUUGAUGUCGGUGUCAUCUGGAGGCCUGGUACAACUCUUGCGUGCCUUGUGGGCCUUCAAGCGAGCGAAUCAAGGCUUCUACAGCACAGCGGCUGCCACCGAAUGGCGGUCCCUGGAGGAGGCUGUGUGCGGCAUACUCGCCACACCAGAGAAGUGCGCUGAGGCUUUACUAUCUGAACUUAUCAACGUUAUGGCUGAUCUUACUCAGUGGAGGGAGCAGCGCAAAGUCUCGGACAGCGCGGAGACAGCAGUCAACAGCGCGCAGGAGAAACUUUUCACAGCGUUUCUUGUGCGACUCGAGGCGAUCACGGAGCGCAUACGCAGCUGCUCUCCUGAAUCGACCGUAAAGGGCUCCAUCUUGCCAGAACCGCUGACGAUGAGCGACGUAUCAGUGGCUUGGUCCCAUUGCUUGGCGCACACCGAAUCUCGCGGCCCCUCUAGCGACUUUCCCUCCCUUGCAGCCAGCGGCAACGGUGCUAACGCAGCAGAUACAUUCGGGACUCCGCUACAGGCUCUCCAGGCGGCUCUUUGGGCCGUUGUUGGUGCGCGUUACAGCGCAGAAUCGCAGAGCAUUGACGCAAUGCAGUUGGCUGCGUUCAUGUGCAGUGAGGUAGUAGUGUCGUGGAUGACACAUGCCCAUCAGGAACGCGAUGAGGCUCUUGCGCAGUCGGCCGGUGACGACAUAUCCGCAGUACUGCCGGAUCUUGCAUCCCUGAUCCCCGAGGCGACACUCCAGGGCCUUAUGAACGGCAUAUCGGCACAGCUGCUGGCUGACAGCAUCACAUGGACGCCGCAGAUGGUUCGCCAGGCCGUCACUUUGCUGGGGAACAGCAGAGAUCCUGCACACCGCGCGCGGGCGCUGCAACUGGCGAGGAAGUGGUAUGGGCAGCUGCAGUCACGCGCCCAGGAAGGCGAGCGCCUUCAGCCGAUUGAGCUGCUCGCCUUUUUCGUGCCGACUCUGUUGCAGGAGGAGAAGAAGGAUGUGGCACAGGCGGUGAGGACGUCCCUGUCGAGGUGGAGCGUUGCAGAGGUGCUGUACUUCUUCUCCGAAAUCGCGAUGCACGGCGGGCGCGCAGGUGGUGUGGAGAGCAUGACGGUACUGCGGGACUCGGGCAAGCUGCUCGGCGUGUACGCUGCCAAGGCCUCAGCGCCGCAGCUGGUGGGGCUCGUGGAGUGCUACGGUUUGGCGCAGGUGCGGAGUGACGACUUCUGUGAGGCGGUUGCUUCGCGAGUGUCGGAACUGCUGCGAACCACAGUAGCAGAUGCGUCUCGCGAAAAGACAUACUUGUCAGCCGCGCAACCGACCGCCGCGUCCGAAAAUCAGGCAAACUCCCUCGCUGCGGGAGAGAAGGAAGCGGCGCAGACGGAACUUGCUGCCGCGAGCAGCACAAGGCCUGGUGCAACCACCUCUCCGGGCGUGACGAUCGCGCAGCUUGCACGACUGCUCCGCUCCCUUGCACUGAUGGAGACGCGGCAGGUGACGCCUUUUAUUGACGCCGCUCAUAGCAUCACGCGCGCUGCCGACGCCGACCAGGGCACCGCGGAGCAGAUCACGCAGCUGAUUGCGGCGUAUGCGAAGAUGCUCAUCUGGUGCUAUCCAGUGUUACGUGCGUUGGCGGAGCGACUCCUGCGAAUGGACAAGUCGGAGGUGACCCUGUCGCACCUCGUUACUGCGCAGUUAGCGCUACUCCGCAUGGACGUCACCUUUCCUUCCUUCACGGCUCGCUUUUAUGAAGAGCUAUCGCAGAUGUACAAGCCGGCGACAGGCCAAUCUCGAGUCUCGGCCACUGGUCACGCCAGCCUAAGUGACAGGGUUGUGCAGUUGUCCAUUCUCUCGCGCCUGCGCGGUCAUCCGUCGGAGACGCCUAUCGACGACGCGGUGGUGGAGGUGCUGAUUGAGCGCAUCGUGGCCCACUCGGAUCAUUUGAAGGUGGACGAAGUUGCGGAGGUGCUGCUGUCGCUGAGUCGGCUCGGUAAAGGAAACUCGGCUGCGUUUGGAAGUCUCAACGUUCGCACCCUGGGCAUGCUGCCAAAGUCCCCUCCACGGGUGAUGGCGCAUGUGGUGGAAGCGUAUGCGCUCGCUGGCCGUGGCGACGACACGGAACUGUUCACCCUCGUCGCGGAUCGCACCGUAGCCAUGCGCCACGAAAUGGCAUCUGUUACCAUUGCCAGCGUUCUCGCCUCCUUUGCAAAAGCGGGUGUGCGCAACGACAGACUCUUCAUCGAGGUCAUUCCCCGGGUUCGCCACGUCGCGACCUACGGGACACCGCGCGACGUGGUGAACGUCGUGAGCGCUUACGCUGCCGUGAAUCUGUGGCACUACAAACUGUUCGCCCGCCUCGCUGAUCGCGCGAUUCAGCUGCGCGCGGACUUCCGCACCCCUGAGGUGGUGGCACUACUCAAGGCGUACGCCACAGUUCAGAUGCGCUACGACCGUCUCUUCACAGAGUUUUCGCCGCGCAUUCAGACGCUUGUUCACCUGCUCUCCCCGGCCGACCUGACCGCCAUCGUGUCCAGCUACGCGCAGCUCGACAUCCGGUGCCCGCCAGUGUGGAAGGCGACCGCGGCCCAAGCCGUGACGGUCGCCCGCAGCUUCAGCCUCGAAGACGCGAAGACUCUUCUGGAAGCCUACGCGUCGCAGUCCUUCUUCAAUGAAGAGUGCGUCAGUGCCUUAACGGAUCGCUUCCCUGAACUGGCUAGCAUUUCGUGGGGUUCUGCUGAGACCCUUGCGGACGGUAAAGAGAGUUCUAGCCGCGGCUCUGAUGGAUCCGAGAGUGAGCACCGUGGUCAAAGCGAAACCUCGCAAGGCGUAUAG